CAGAAACACCCCAAGAAUUAGCACACCCCUCUCUCUCUUCUCUCUCUCCUCAUGUCAUCUUCCUUUUUCUGUUUCCUUAAUUUAUCCCCACCACCACUACCCAUCUUUUCUCUGACUUCUCUGAUGUCUGCACAGACCCCCCACCCCCCACAACCUCAAACCUUUGCUUUGCCAUAAUUAAACACCACCCCCCACCCCACCCCCUAACUUUUUAAGGUUUAACUUUGAAGUGGGCCUUUUGAGACAUACCCAUGUUGUCCUUGAUGAUGCAUUACUAGUCUACUCCCACAACUCCACCACUCCACACACAGGGAUGCAUGUCUGCUACUCUCAAGCAACCUGAAAAAUUGCAGCAAUCUAUCUUAGCUUGGGGUGAUCUUUAGUAUGAUGAAGGGUUCAGAUUUUGAUCUUGAAGUGGAGGCUUCAUCUGAGAAUGAUUAUGAUAUCAUCAGCCAAGUUGGUUCCAACGUAUCGAUCCAAGAAACCUUAACUGAUUCGUCGAAGAUGUCUGGUCUCGGGGCACUUCAGUUGAGCACAUCAGAGCCUGUUUCUCUCGACCUGUCCCUGGGGUUUAAGCCCGGGUGCUUGGACGAAAUGGCCGGCGGGGGGCAGGGGGGGUCUGCAGCGUUCUCGGUUUCCAGCACGAGUGAGAGCAGCAACGAGCUGACGACCCAAACCACGGGAUCAGCCAACCCGAGAGUGUUCACUUGCAACUUCUGCAAGAGGAAGUUCUAUAGCUCCCAGGCGCUCGGGGGCCACCAGAACGCCCACAAGAGGGAGCGAACGCUGGCCAAACGGGCGAUGAGAAUGGCUAUUUUCUCCGAGAAGUAUGCCAGCUUCGCGUCCCUCCCCUUGCAUAGCUACACAACAGUAGCAGCAACAGCAGCAGCAGCAGCCAGAUCCCUCGAGAUCAAAACGCAUUCUUCGCUUCAUGGCUUUGCACCAACGAUGAGGCCACUCGAUUUCAGAACCUACUCAAAGUUCGAGCCCACUUUGCUUAGCCAGCCAAUUUAUGUCGAAGAUGACGAGCCUAAGAUGUUGUGGCCAGGCAGUUUUCGCCCCGAGGCUGCCUCAACUAUGAACCAUGUAGAAAUGGCACAAAUUCUGGAAACUGACAACUCUGCACCGGAUCUUACACUCAGGCUUUAACCAGUUUCUAACACUAAUAGGCCUCUCUGUACAGAGACACAAAAAAAAAAGAAAAAAAGUGUACACUACUACACAUUUUCCAGCCAAUCUUGACUUUGGAUUACUGUCAUCUUUGUCCUCACAACAACAUAGGACUCCUGCUCUUAGGAGCCAGUAUCUUGUCUUUUGAUACUUUCUGCUUUCCCCAACAUGUUUUUAGUUAACAGGUUGAUGUAUUGGAAUCUUAGUUCAUUGUUGGCUUUUGACAAAAAACCAAAAAAAAAAAAAUGCUUUCUUUGUGAA